AUGUUGUCGUACAGUAUAAAAACACCUCUCGUCACAUGUUCUCUGAACUCUGAUUGGCUGGAGCGCCACGACCUAAAGGCCACCGUAGACCAUCAUCACCGCCUCUCCCACACUCCCUUGGUUUCUUCUGGUGAGCUGUCUUUUGCCUCGCUACUGCCUUUUGUGAUACUUCUGGGCUUUCUAAAGGAGCUGUUACCACCCGUCUCCUCACAUCGAUUCCACCCGCCGACUUCGUGA